UUUCGAAUCUGGCGGUCUCUAUCAAACAGAUGAAAUAGAAUUCGCCUGUUUCUAUGACAUCGGCAUAUAAUGGCGGCUUCGCUUUAGGAUUCUUGUGGCCUUAGUUUGGGUUUUUUCUUGCGUGUUUGCCACACCACACCUACUCUUGUUUCAAGUGGACGAAAUUUUCGAUGGACCUAUAUGUCAUAUUAACAUGCCGCUAAUGGGGUGGAAGAUUUACGUUACCCUUGUGGCGAUGUCUUUAUUUUUUAUACCCGCGCUCAUCAUCCUAUUUUGCUACGUUGCGAUCAUCUUCGUUAUCUUCAAUAGCAGUCAAAUUUUGAUGUCUGUCAAUAGAAGAUACAAGAAAAAGGAAAGAGUUCCGGAGCCAAUACUAGAGCACACUGACAGCGUAGAUAUUAAGGUACAUUCCCAGAGUUCAAUGGGCGUUAUUCCCCAGGCCAAGAUUAGAACUAUAAAGAUGACUUUCCUCAUUGUGCUAGUAUUCAUACUUUGUUGGAGCCCUUAUUUCGUAUUCAGCAUGUGCCAGGUUUUUCAAGUAUUUCCAGCCACACCGGAAUGGAAUAAAGUUUAUACGUUAGUUCAAAGCUUGGCACCUCUUAAUUCAGCUGCUAAUCCUCUAAUUUAUGGAGUCUUCAGUACAAGAAUAUGUCGAUACAUUAGACAUUCCCCAGUGAAAAGAAGUGUUCCAACGUCAAUGAGAAGAUGCAAUUCUGGCACACAACCUAAGCUUUCUACACCAGAAUACACAACAACAAGCAUAAUUGAAACAGAUGAAUUAAGAAUGGGUGCAGAGCUAAGAAACAUCUGUUCUAGUCAUGGAGGUAACCGAGUUCCUUUACAAAAGCAGGAGUUGACGGAAGCAGACAGGAAACUAUUGUCUUUGUAUGUUAGGGAAAAAGUCUCAGUAGCCGAUACAGUCUGAUCAAAUCACUCUCCUUCUGAGAUAGCAGUGGUGUUGGAGCAGUAACCAAGUGUCACAUUACCUUGUGUGGAACGUGUGUUGACGUAACAACU